GUGCAUGAAAUUUAGACUCCCGACGUGAGAGUCAAUCACUUGACCAGAAAUUAUGGUUGAACAAUUGACUUGCACGACCGUAUGCGGUGAGGAAACGCGAAAUUCACCAGGUCCUUCGCUCAAACGGCCAUGUAUGGGUCCCGAAGAAGAUGUUUCAAAAAGACCUCAUCUGGAUGCAGUAACAUCAGCAGAUACAAUUUCCGUUCCUGAUUUACGUCCGCCUGAUGACACAAAAAAAGCGAAGGAAGAACCUCUUAGUGGACAACAAAAAGAAUGCAAGCGAUCAGUGGAUACGCUAAUUCAUGCCGUUUAUAACCGCCAGCAUGGUAUUUUUGAAGUGACUAAGAAGUGUAGAAAUUAUCUUGCUGUUAUGGGUGUUCCUAUCAAGAACGGCGGGCAUGUUUUAUUCCCGGAAGAGGCUGUCUACCUAAUCGAGCACUGCCUGGUGUGUGCCACAGAUAACCAACGUGUUCUCACCCUACACGAUGGCUACCGUAUCCUAGGCGAAUGUGGUGUGGCAAUGCACGUUUACCGUACCUAUGCAUCUUUGCGACAAGCGGGAUUUGCCGUUCUGCGGCCAAAUCGUGCCUCAGUUCGUUCGCUUCCGCUAAGUCAAGAGUUAACGGCUGAGCAAUCAACAUCUAAGCAUGAUAAAUAUCCACAGCAUUUGCUCAAUUGUUUCCCAACACUGCAACGAAAUCGUUUACUAAUGACUAAUCUACACCGUAGCCUGCUCUUCGUACCUGUGCCAGAUCUUCACAAUUUCAAAACUGACUGUACAAGGUUUUUGCGGACACAUCAUCGUAAUUUCCGACAAAAAAUGCGGCCUCGAUACUGGCCGGAACUGGAUGAAAUUCGUGCAGUAGCGUCAUCCUGGAAGCAAUUCGCACGUCUCAGAAGGAAUCUGUUGGAAUCCAAUCGUGAUAAUCGGAAAGCUGCGGCCGAGUUGUCGAGUGAACCUGACAAGAGAUACGAUUUCGAAGUCUUCCUGCCAGGACGAUAUCGUCACACCCAAAUUUCAUCUCCUGUUUUUCGUGUCGUUUGUGUUGACUCACGAUAUGGUGCAAUGAGUUGUGCCAUGGUUAAUCAAUACUCUAGCGAUAUACCCUUGAUCAUCUCAAUCUUCGACUGGGGGCAUCUGUGCUUCAUUGAAGUCAGCGGUGAACCCAUUGAUCUUAAUCAGUAUCUGAAGGGACUUGUAGAGAAGUUUGAGAAGCUCUAAAUUUUGGGACUCAGAUUUUUAUCGGGCGUAAGCGGGUAAGAGUAUCAUAAAAUAUAUCAUCUGUCUGAGUUAACCAGUUUUAGCAUUUUUAUGUUUUGAUUGUUCAAUAAAAAUUUCAAUUUGCGG